AUGUCGUCCGAUGGAACUAGAGGCCCCAUUCUCGUCCGUGGCAUCCCCGCCGAUGACCCACAGAACCCACCUGUACGUCUGGAGGUCCGUGACAUGAUCAAGGACCAUCCAGACCAAUGGAACCUCUAUCUCCGAGGCCUAGAAAGGUUCAAGAGCGAGGCAGUCCCGGAGCGGAUGCCCCUCUCCUACUUUGAGCUUGCCGCGAUUCAUGGACUGCCGUACAAGAAGUGGCCUGACCAGCCAUGGAACAACAUGGUCAGAGUAGAUAACCCAUUCGGUGGUUUCUGUACUCACAGCUCGAUCUUGUUUCUAACCUGGCACCGCCCCUAUCUUGCUGUUUUCGAGGCCGAGCUCUACAAGCACGUCAACUUCGUCGCCAACGCGUUUGCUGAAGACGAACGCAAAGCAGAUUAUGUUAGGGCAGCCAAGAGCUUCCGCAUGCCCUACUGGGACUGGGCGCGACCUGACCUCGGAGUCUUCCCGCCACAGGCCGUCUCCGACGCGACUAACAGAGUCAUCAGGCCUAGGAGCCUGCCUGGAAGCGCCGAGAUCAACCCCCUAGCAUCUUACACCUUUAGGGAAUCAAGGUCGAUGAGGGACAUCAAUAUCUUUCCCAGAGUCGGGUCAACCGUCCGCUACCCCAACCGGCGCGAUGGCGACGGUGAUAUGAACGCCGCCCUCCUCCGCUUCUUCACCGGCAACGACCGGCGACCCAAGGGCAAGAACCUCACAGAGCGCGUUCAGUUCAUCAUGCAAUCCUACACAGAAUAUGCCACGGCGUCAAGCAACAGGUUCGACCCGCAGAAACCCAGCAACAUCGACUUCCGCGGAUGGGGAAGCAUCGAAGACAUCCACAACGCGGUGCACAACUACGUCGGCGGCAGCGGCCACAUGUCGAACCCCGAAAUCUCCUCCUUCGACCCCAUCUUCUGGCUCCACCACACCAACAUCGACCGGCUGUUCGCCAUCUGGCAGGCCGUCCACGACAAUCCAGGGGACCCCCUGACGUUCGUGACGACCAAGCGUGCCGACACACGAUGGGGCAACUUUGUGGUGAAGGCCGGUGAUCCUGAGACCAUCAACACGCCUCUGGCCCCGUUUGCUCGGGCCGUGACGAAUGGCAACCAGGAGUUUUGGACCUCCGCCGGCGUGCGGUAUACCGAGACCUUUGGCUACGCCUACCCGGAAACGCAAAAGUCCAAGUUCCCGACCCCUAGAGACGUCAUCAACGAGCUCGACCGUCUGUACGGUAGGAUGGCCACUUUCGCCAACAUCAUGAGAAGCAGCCCAGAGGACCUCCAAAACUCGACAGAGGAACUUCAACAUCGCGCCAAGAACCACAUCAAGGCCGAACGCGGCCAAUUCAGCACUCUCGCGGUCACAAACCAAGUGCCGCUGGCAAACACUAACGGCGUCCACUUGCCCGAAGAGCGCGACCUUAAGAAACUGGUCGGGCCGGAUAAAAAGUACCUCGAGUGGCUCGUCAACAUCAAGGCAGAGAAGGCAGAGCUCGGCGGCAAUUACGUAGUCCACGUCUUCCUCGGCAACCCAGACGAUAACGCUCCGCUCCUCUACCCGACGAACCAUUCCCACGUCGGUGUCUUCGCUACUUUUGGUCAGGAUGAGAACACGGCUUGCAGAAACUGCCAGGCGGGACACGCCGCAGGCCAGGAGAUCACUGGCCAAAUCCCCAUUACCCUGGCCUUGGUUGAGCGAUACCUCGCUGGCAUGGUCGACAGCCUCUCACCCGAGGACGUCACUCCGUACCUCCAGGAGAACCUUCACUGGCGUGUCACGUUGACCAACGGUGAGGUGCAGGAUCGGCAGGUCCUGAAUAAUCUGCUUGUUAGUGUUGUCACAAAUGAGGUGAAAGUUCCGGACACCCCGACAGAUCUCCCGGAAUACUCUCCUGACGUUGUUGUCCGCCCUGAUUGUACAACAAACCGCCAAGGUACUGGACGUGGACAUGGCACUGGAUACUGUGGUCUAUAA